AUGUCACAACCGAACAUAUAUGAAGGUAAUGACAUAGAGGAAGAAGAAAUUGAUUACGAAGAUAUAGAUGAUGAAGAAAUAGAUGAAGAAUUUUAUGAAGCCAUUUACAGUUCAGUGAUGGCAAUUUAUGCAGUAAUGCAUGUGCUAAAUCAAUUUCUGAAUAUAAUGCGUGGUGAAUAUAUUGAACGUCCAUUAACUCGACGGCGAAUUACUAGCAGUGGAUAUGACUAUAUACAUCAAGCAUUGAACGAUGAUCCUGCAAUCUUCCGACAAGUAUAUAGAAUGUAUCCAGAUGUAUUCCGGAAGUUAUGCACAAUUCUUAGAGAAAAAACACUUUUGGAGGAUACAAGAUUUAUUUGCGUUGAAGAAAUGCUUGCAUCAUUCCUACAAAUCGUCGGCCAAAAUACUCGAUAUUGUGUCAUUCGUAAUACAUUUGGUCGAUCACAAUUCACUGCAAGUGAAAAUUUUCACAAGAUUUUGAAGGCCUUGAAUUCAAUAGCAUCUGAUUGGAUGGCUAAACCAGGACCGGCUGUGCCAUCUAAAAUAAGGGAAAGCACAAGGUUUUACCCUUAUUUCAAGGAUUGCAUUGGAGCUAUUGAUGGUACACAUAUUCCGGCAAUGGUGAGGGGACGAGAUGUAAGCAGUUAUCGUAAUCGUCAUGGAAAGAUAUCACAAAAUGUAUUAGCUGCUUGUAACUUUGAUUUGGAAUUCAUAUACGUUCUUAGCGGGUGGGAGGGUUCAGCUCAUGAUUCAAAGCUACUAAAUGAUGCUUUAUCAAGGAGGAAUGGACUUAAAGUGCCCCAAGGAAAAUAUUUCCUAGUGGAUUGUGGAUUUCCUAAUCGGCGCCAAUUUUUAGCUCCAUUUCGAGGUGUGCGAUAUCAUCUCCAAGAUUUUGCAGGUCAUGGUAAUGACCCUCAAAAUGAAAAUGAAUUGUUCAAUCUUCGCCAUGCGUCAUUGAGGAAUGUGAUCGAGAGGAUAUUUGGCAUUUUUAAAUCACGGUUCACAAUUUUUAAGUCAGCGCCUCCAUUUCCAUUUAAGACACAAGCAGAGCUUGUGUUAGCAUGUGUAGCACUACACAACUUUCUUCGCAAAGAGUGUCGUUCUGAUGAAUUUCCAAUUGAACCAGUGGACGAAUCUUCUUCAUCUUCAGUAUUACCAGUUAAUGAAGAAGAGAAUUUGGAACCUAUUGUUCAAACCCAAGAGCAGCAACGAGAAAAUGCUAAUGCAUGGAGAGCUACCAUAGCUUUAGAUAUGUGGAGAAAUGCUACUUAG